ACUUCAACAGAAACCGGAAGGCUUUUGCCAGUGCUGUCAUCCAUAAGGUGAACUACUCCAGCAAAUGUUAACUACAGUACAGCGUUUGACCUCUGAAAUCUGAGUCAAAGAAAGGUCCUCAAACGCACGUCAUUUCAAGCGCAUCUAGCUUCUGCCUGGUGUUGCCAAGAGCGCAACUACCCAAAACACAUGCUGGAAAUGCAUAACAUUAGCUAGCCAAAGUCCGUCCGGACAUUGGUAGUAUCCUGAAAUAUCUAUUUUCCGUUAAAGCUUGAGUUAUCAUUUUAGUCUAGCCGACUGUCAAUAUUCUCUACAUGAGCCAUGGGAAACGGAAUGAACAAGGUCGUUGAUGGUCUCUAUCUUGGAAAUGUAAGAGACUCAGAAAACACAGAGGAGUUAUCCAAAAAUGGGAUUACGCACAUUUUGUCAGUGUAUCACAAUGCCAAGCCAGUACUGCAGGACAUGACCUACCUUUGUAUACAAGCAGCAGAUUCAUCCAACCAAAACUUGUUACAACAUUUCAAGGAGUGCAUUGGCUUCAUCCAUGAGAGUCGCCUGAAGGGGGGUGCUUGCCUGGUACACUGCCUGGCCGGGGUCUCCCGCAGCACCACCUUGGUGGUAGCCUAUCUGAUGACUGUCACCAACUAUAGCUGGGAGGAGUGCCUCUCUGCUGUCAAGGCUGUGCGCUACUUCGUCAGUCCUAACUUCGGCUUCCAACAGCAGCUGCAAGAGUUUCAGAUGACCCUGGUAUCUGAGUACCGUGUUUGGCUGAGGGCAACCUUCAGGCCGAGCCACUUUAAGGACCAGGAGCAAGUGGGGGAGCUGCUGAGGCAGUAUGAGGAGAAACGGAAGCAGGAGCGCGAGAAGUUGAGAACAGAGAUCUGGGCAAACCAGGACACAAGUGUCUAUCCUCUACCCUACAAUGCAUACGGCUCUGGCAGCAACAGCUGAUUCAACAGAUCAAGCCGCAAUGAGAGGCCAAAGCUUGAGAAACCUACAGGAGAAGCACAACUGUCUCUUCACAACAGACAUGCCAAGAACACUGGCCUAGGUAGAAGCUUUAAGAAGUGUUCUUAUGCACUAGAACUCCAAGAUACCUUUUUCCCCACCACCCAAAUGUAGCUUUCAGUCAGCGUUAUCAAUGGUUUUCUGCCACCAGUUGACCACCACUGUUUCUAAUUAACAUGAAGGCACUGAGAAAACAAGCCUUUUUUAUUUCAGGCCACAGGUAGUAUCACUUCCGAUGAUUGGAAAAGAAUGCAAAAUGAGACCGUGCAUGCUGUGGCUCAAAACUACUUUGUUGUCCUGACUGGAGGAGCCAGUAGGGACUGUCCUUAAGUUUUUGUGUGACACCCUUGCAUGACUGACAGGAGCAAAUGUUAUGUCCAUUUGAGGUCUGUGGACAAACUGAUAAAAUAUCUUUGCCUUCUGUGAUUUUAGUGGAGCACUUCUGUUAAAGCCAUAUGAAUUCUUUAAAACUUUAAACAAUAAAUAUAUGUUUUUGAGACAGGUGAAUUAGAAAAUGUGUGCUUAAUUAAUCAGACCCAUGGAAAUUUAAAGGAGAUAUAAGCCCUUGUUUGGGUGUUUGUAGCUAUACCGACAGUCUCAGUAAAAUGAAUACCACUGGAAGAUUCCCAAAUUGUAUUAAAUGGGUUAUGUAUCAGGAAUAUUUUAAUAUGCAUUUACAUGUACAUGGUUUGCUGAAUGAUGGCUGCUAAUAAAUGCUAAAUAUUAAAUGUAUGUGAUUAUUGCUGUGCAUGUUUACAAAUUGCCCACAUUACUGAUAAUUUAAUGGACGUUACAGUUGGUGCUAACGUAACCCAUAUUAGCCCAGAAUAUUGUAUCAGAAAUGUAUAUAUUUAAAUUUAUGAGCCAAAAGUAUAGUAACAAAAGUGAGCUGUCUAAAUGAUGCCAAUUCAUAUGCCAAUUAAUAUAUUUUUAGAACAGCAUUUUACCUUUCAGUGUCCACAGUCAAUUUUUAACAUAAAACAUCAGUUUUUUCCCUUUUUUCCAAACUACAGCUGCACACCUCAAGAACUACUUUUAAAGCUUUAUGCACGAUAAAAUACAAUCUCAGAACUGGUAAUCUGUUAAGUUUUUACUUGGUAAUGGCAGGGCU